CAUGCUGUUUGAAAUGAUUGCUACAUUUUUUAUAACCUGUAAGGCAUUGAAAAAGGAUCAUUCUAAACAAUCAAAUGACGAAUUCAUUUAAUUGUAAUUAAACACACAUGCAAAAUGAAAAUCGAAGCCUUAAUAACUGAUGUGAUCAUGAUUGAUCGGAAAAACCAAAAUUCUGUUCCGCCUAUUAUUGUAAAUUUCGUAAGUGGCCAGCCGGAAAAUGAUGGGGCCAAUAACCUGAAGAGUGAUGUAUCCUUUGAUGAAAAAAGUGGAAAAACGGUAUUGUCCUUAUCAGACGGAAAAACUGUAUACAAAGGUAGCAGGCCAAAUUACGAUGGAGAAAAAAUGUGCACAAUGUUAGUUCUUCAUAAUAAAAGGACUGGCACAGUCAAACUUAUUGAGACGGAACAAUGGGACGUUACGCCUGUACUUGAUCAAAUUUUAAAUAUUGAUCCUAAUUCGGAGGUUGAUAAAACUGCGACGUUGAAUACACAGAUUGACUGCAAGCAGGUAAAACGCAGUGCAGAACUUCUUGAAAAAAUGAAAAUCAGUGAUGCAUCCGCCAACGAAAUUCUCGAAAACACUGUUUCAACACCCCCGAUUUACAGCAUGUAUUCUCCCGCAGAAAUAGAAUCCAAACGAUUAAAGGCUCUCGCAUUAAAAAACAAAUCGGCUAGUUCUGGCAAUGUACCAGUUAACAGAACAACAGAAACGAACAAAAAUAUUCGUUCAAAUGAAAAUAAUUUACCUGCAACACCAUCGAAUUCGUGGCCUAUUUCAAAUGCGCAAUGGGGUAAAACUAGCUCAAGAGGUCUCAAACAGCAGCAGCAAGUCCAAAAAAACCUGAACGAGCUGAUAAAGACGAACAAUUUUUAUAGGACAAACGAACAGAAAAUUACUGGCAAUUUUCAUAUGAUCGCGAAUGAUCGAUUUGCGGUAGAUUUGUCAAAGUUUCACACACCCGUUAUCGAUGUGUUCAGGACAAUUCCUAGUAAAUCCUAUGAUUCCCCGAAAAGAAUGUGGAAUUUCCACCUAAAAGACUAUUGGCUCCUCUUUGAAAAAUUAAAACAAAGGUCUGAUAUUAAGGUAACUGGAUUACCAAAGUUCACAAAGGAGACUUUCGAGAAGUUAAUCGACCAAAAGGAUGAAAAUAAAAUCGAUUUAUCUGGAAUUGAUGAAGUUCUGCUCGAAUCUUUGUUGCCUUUUCAACGGGAAGGAAUUCGCUUCGGAGUCUCUAAAAAUGCAAAAUGUAUGAUUGCUGACGAUAUGGGCUUAGGAAAAACGAUUCAAGCUUUAGGCUUAGCACAUUACUAUAAAGAAGACUGGCCACUCUUGAUAGUCACACCGUCUUCGGUCAGAUAUCAAUGGUCCGAAGCAAUCUUCAGAUUUUUACCCUCCGUUCCCGUUCAUCACGUGCGCCAGUUUACUAAAAGUAAAGAUGGUUUUGAAAUGGGAGAAGUGACCAUUGUUUCCUACGAUUUACUAGCUCGUAGUAUAGAUGACUUUGAGAAACAUCAUUUCGGCAUUGUCAUUUUUGAUGAGUCUCAUUUUUUGAAAAGUUCCAAGACUGUAAGAUAUAAAGCCGCACAGCGAAUAGCAGCCGGAGCACGUCAUGUAAUUUUACUCAGCGGAACGCCAGUUUUGUCACGUCCAAUUGAGCUACAUUCACAGAUAAAUUUAAUUAAACCAAAUUUCAUGGGGUAUGCAGAGUACGGAAUACGUUACUGCGCUGGAGUUCAAAGUAAAUUUGGAUGGGAUAUGACCGGUUCGUCGAAUUUACACGAGUUGGAUUUUCUAUUGAAAGCUUUCUGCUUGAUUCGAAGGGUAAAAACUGAUGUUCUGAAUCAACUUCCAGCGAAAGUCAGGCAAGUUGUUGUACUAGAUCCCUACUUGAUCGAAGUUGGCACUAAGGAAAUGGAGGAAUCGGCACUAAAAUUACAAAGAAAGACUCUAACUAGUUCUGAAAGACACAGUGCGUUGUUGCAGUAUUACAGCGAAUCUAGCCACGCUAAGCGAAAAGCGAUUUGUAACUAUGUCACCGAUUUGCUGGAAAAGCGAGAAAAGUUCCUGCUGUUUGCGCAUCAUCAAGUAGUCCUAGAUAGCGUUUGCGAUGUUCUGAAGUCCAAAAAAACGAAGUACAUACGAAUCGAUGGAAGGACGAAUCCUGAACAGAGAAAGUAUUUCGUGGAUUCGUUCCAAGAUGAUAAGGAUAUCAUGGUCGCUGUUUUGUCCAUAACUGCCGCCAACUCUGGAAUUACGCUAACAGCAGCGCGACUCGUCGUUUUCGCAGAACUAACCUGGAAUCCCGGUAUUUUGGUUCAAGCAGAAGACAGAGUUCACCGAAUCGGGCAAGAACGAGGCGUCGUUAUUCAGUACUUGUUGGCAAAAAAUACAGCAGAUGACUAUUUGUGGCCCAAAAUCCAACAUAAAAUAGACAUUCUUAACAAAGUUGGACUGGAGCAAGAUUUUGAAGUCAACACUCAAGAUGUCUCGGCUCAAAAACCGCCGGAAGACAGCGAUCAGAAGAAAAUGGACCCAUUCGUGACUGGGUCCACUCCUUCCAAAUCGAAUGGAACACCGCGGAACGUUCAAUUUUACACGUCGAAACGGCCAAAUGCUUCGCCUCCUUCCUCAUCGCGGAAGAAGCAAAUGAAGCUUGAUCCGUUUGUAUCAUCAGCUACGUUGGAUGUAGACAGUAGUACAAAUGAGAACUCUUUUGACCGAUUUCUUGCUGAAAAUGAAUUUACCGUUGAGUCAUUCGUGCCACAGCCUGAGAUUAAAAGUGAAAACUCUUUCGAUGUAAUAAUCAAAGACGAGGAUUUCGACAGUAUCGACUUCGAUGAAUUUUGAUGAUCGCGAAUAGUACCAUAAUAACAGUAUUUUGAUAGAAAGAUCUGCCUGUACUUAAAGCAGAAUGUUUGUAAAUAUUCUUAUUCAGAUUGUGUUUCAGAUUUGAUGGUCUUAUUUUUCUUUUCUCAGAAUAUUUUGUUCAAAAUUAUUAUGUGCUAUAUUUUUGGGUUCCAAAUCUAAAUGUUUAUUCAGCUAAAUAAGUUCAUUACAAAUUUCUCUAUUCAAAGUUUUGAUGAAUAGUUUUAAGCUUCAUCAAUAAAGUUACGUUUAGGUUUAAUAACUAAA